GACCUGACCCAAUUUCGUACUCGAUAAACAGAGUUGAGAGAAAUAGGUAAAGUAGUAGGUAUCGAGGCGGUGAUUACUGAGUCUCCAUGACAUUUUUCCUGAUGAAGAUGUACAAGUUUGUCCAGAUCAAUCAAUUCUGCUCUGUGCUCAAUUUGCGGUCUCCCGAGCUGCUUGAUACCUUCUUUCAAGAUGGUACGAUUUACUUCUUAUUGACAUUUUGUAUCGUACUCAUCUGCACCAUCUUCAUCAAUGUUCAGAAACUCUUGCCAUGGUAUCUCGUCCCAUACAACUGGCAAAUGACUGCCUUCUCCCAAGCUGGUUCCCGCCUUAUCUUGAAUUUGCGUACAGUGGCCCGAGGAAAAGGAGACGUGCUCUCAUUCAUCAAUCAGUCAGAUAUAUCUGGCCUCCGCAUUGCCUCCGAAAGUGCUAUCAGUGCCCCUUCAUUUGCAAUAGAAAUGGAGGAUCGAUAUGGUCGUCGGGAGAAUUCAAAUGGAGAUAAUAGGGUCUGGUAAAUCUUGACAUUGUGUGACGAAUCUCGUAUCAUUUCUCUUGCAGUCUGCUACAUGUCGACUACUCAGCAUUUUGGACUGUCAUACCACCUUCAUGAAUAUCCUCCGCCUAAUCGAGUGUCCGGCUGUUGCAACGCUUCGUGCAAUUAUACGGCAUUAGUCUAAUGUC